AUGCCCAACAUUCUCAAUCUCAAGUUCAAAGGCAACAAGUCCUUCGUACCCUUCAGCAACCUCAACGAUGGCGACUCGCUGACUUUGACCUGGAAGGUCUGCACCAAGGUGGCAAGCGUCUUGGAGCAGGGACAACGCCUCGAGAACUUGAGCUGGAGAUUGUGGCACCUUCAGAACAUCAUGGUCGACUCGGAUAACGCCAAGUCCAAGCGCGACUUCAAGAAGCUAUCGAAAUGCAUGAGCGAUAAGCUAGACAAGGAGAAAGGACGGAGUAUCGAAGAGCUCCAGGCGCCGGGCUUCAGGCGCAACCACUCGACCGAGCUCUUGCAGCAGCGUGCCGCUGAGAGGGAGCGCGAGCGCGAGGCGAAUCAAAACGGCAGGCCCGGGACGAUUCACCGUAUGCAGUUCACGUUCAGCGUUGACCAGCCCUCGCCGCCGACCGCGUCGACUAUCGACGUCAAGAAGCCCGACCUCAAGCCCUCCGCCGAAUUCAAGGACAAUGCCCUCAAGCGAGGCCGUCCCGCAACCCGCUCGACCACCACCCACGAAGAUACUUCCAUGGACACUGCUGACAGGGAUCAACCUCUGACGCAGCGCGGCCGAAAGCCCGUCCCGUCGAGCACGGACUCUCGCAACUCUGCUCUCGACAGCAUGUAUUCUGCUGCCGCUCUUCGGUUCCCCUCCCUGUUUUCAAACGACUUCGGCCCCACCGCGCUGCUCUACCCCACGCCCACUACCACCAACCCCAUGACAUACGGCGAGGGCGUCGGGUCUGGUGCCAGUGCCAACGACUUCAGCAUCAUGCGCCCUACCAUCGAACUCCCUCUUGACGAACUCUUGAACGCCGAUAGCCCGAGUGGGUGGCCCCACUUGGUCUCCAUGCACGAAGACAUCGAAAUGAAGCCCACGCAACGCGACUCAUCAUACCCCUCCUCCGGCAGUUCUGGCCGCGACGCCAGCACUGACGACGACGAAGCUCUUCUCAGGUCCACUACCGCUCUGCGGAACGUACCUCCUCUGUCCACGCCCAUCGAGGACCUGGUGCCUCGCACCAUCACUCCGACACGCCUCGGCGGUAACGGUCUUGUCGCCUCGCAGAUUAACAGCAACGGGAAGCGUCCGUCCCUGAGUUUGCGCACGCAGUCGUCUGCGCGCUCGUCGGGUCCUAGUGCCACUCCGGUUAACAACGGAGGGCCGGGGACUCAGAGCUCCAACACGGCGCCCGGCGGUGUCAAGGCUGAAUGCUCGAACUGUGGCGCAACUCACACACCGCUCUGGCGCCGAGGCCUGAAUGACGAGUUGAACUGCAACGCCUGUGGUCUGUAUUGCAAGCUGCACAAACGUCCUCGCCCGAAGAGCAUGCGGAACAACCAUGGCGAGGGUCGCACGCAGAGCGCCCCCCGAAGCGACACUCAGGAGAUAGUGGCCCAAUGUCACAACUGCCACACGACUGCGACGCCACUCUGGCGCAAGGACGACGAAGGCAAGACGGUGUGUAAUGCUUACAAGCUGCAUGGCUCGUCGCGUCCCAUCAGUAUGAAGUCGGACGUUAUUCGCAAGCGUGCGCGUCACGACGCACGACGUGUUGGAAAUGGUCCCUCGGAGACGCCCUCUGCGAGCCCAGGCGCCAGUCGCCGCGCGUCGCCCACCACGGACACACCGACGCUCGCGCCGGACUCGUCCACGACGACGUCGUCGAUGUACAACGGCGAGCAGAUGGACUACCGCCCGUCCAUGCAGUCGGAGCUCAUGGGCGCGCUUGGCGACACGCACAGUUCGUUCGGCGGCGGAAACAGCUACUUCUCCUACUCCGGCUUCCCGGGCCCGUACAACCCGGACUACCUCGCACAGACGCAUAAUAUUCCCGCUGACGCACUUCCCUUCGCAUCCGGAGACUUGUCGGACGUGGACAAUUCUGGCCUCGAGUCUCGCACCAACAAGCGGCGACGCAUGAGCAACGACUCGGCGUCGGAGCCUCCGUCGUCGGCAGUGUCGUUGAGCUCGUACGCGGACUCGUUCACGUCGGCGUCAUCGUCGGCUUCGCACUCGCAGCGUUCGUCGGUGGACUGGCCGUACGAUCCAUAUGGCGGGUAUGGGUUCAACAACCGAAACAACAACAGCAACAACAACAUGUGGCACCCGCCGAUGCUCCCGCCGAACAGCGACUCGCCGCAAUUCAUCCACCCGCCGAUGCUCCCCCCAGACAGCUCGCCGAACAUCUUCCUCCACACGCAGGGCUUGCAGCAUGACGACGACUCCCUCUUCGCUACGUACCUCCACCCGCCGAUGCUGCCGCCCGACGGCGACUCUCCGGCCAUGGGCGGCCUGCAGCUGCACCCGCCGAUGGUUCCGAACGACUGGGGGAAGUCUGCGGGGCACGCGGAUUCGUUCUACGACACACCAAUGGUCACGUUCUGA